AUGUCCCAAGAGAACUCACUCUCUAUUCCAGCCACGAUGGAUUCCCCUUCUUCUCUCGUUUCUCCAUCAAAGGAACCGCAAGAUAUACGCGACAAAUACAGAAGCCUGAAGCGUCGUUUCAUGGAGCUAGAGGAUUCGCCCGUGGAAUUGCAGCGCAACGUUCGAAUGCGAGAAGAACGCAAUAUUCUGCUUGAACGUAUUGCCGAAAUUGAAUCGCAACCGGGCUUUGUCGUACCACCCGAUGUUUCAUCUUCAGCCACGCCCCCACACCUACCAACGAUACCACCAUCCCCGCUAUCUGAGCCACUUGAUGGACAAAAUGGAACAGACGGACAAAGAACGAGCGCGUCCCUAGAACCAACUUCUUCAGACAAUAUCAACCAAGGGCGGCAUUCACGACGCAAACCCAUCUCGGAGGCUGCAUCGCCUCACACCAGGCGAACUACUCGCUCGUCGUCUAGCCAAAAUAGAUCUGCCGGGAGUGCACCCAAUGCGUCUGACCCGUCGCCACGACCAACAGGGAGGGUUGAGGCCGGUGUGUCUGGAAAUGAGGCCGCGCAAGAGCGUGGCGACAUCGUACUCAGACAGCGAGAUGACCGCAUAGACGGUGAUUCUUUGGCUAACGGUGCCAGCGAAGCUGCCCUUCAGUCCACAGAUGGUGUGGGCGCCGUCGCUGGGGCGACGCAAUCAGAGGGCAAGGGCAUUGCUGGUAAGAGGAAUGAGGACGCGGAGCAAAGCAAACCGACACCUUCAGCAAUCGACACUAACACAGUUCCCGCACGAUCACUCUAUGUGCCUAACAUCCCUCCACCGCCAGGUCAAGCUCUCGCUGCCUUGAUCUCGGCCACGACGUCUCAUAUGCAGAUUGAUCCUACGCUGAUGGAGAAUCACGGAGUGAAGAAUACGGUCGACGUGACCUCAAGGGAAAGCCUGACCGAAGAGUAUGCUAACCAGGUAUCCUCGGAACCUCCAGCCAACUUACCCUCCCACAGCGCGGGUCUAAUACCCUCUAUCAAGACGUCGUCAAACCAGCAAGAAGCGACCACAUCUAACCAAACAGCGUCGACUUCCCCCGCCACCUCAUCCCCCUCAUCGGCUACACCGUCCUCCAGUAUAAAUCCGUAUGCUUUCCUAUAUGGCACGAUGAGCCCUUUGUCCGCCGUUCCGACCACACCGUCUUCUGCAACCCCGUUAACCCCGAGUUUCCCUUAUCCCAACCUCUAUUACCCAUAUCCCAUCGCUAUGCCUCCCGGUAUGUUUGUCCCCCCUCCCGGGUUCGUUCCACCUGCUCCUCCCCAGGAACCACAACAACGGCCACCGCCCGAUCCACCUCGUGCCACAAAGCCUAAAAGACUCAAGGCUCAUACUGUGACCACUAAAAGCUUCAGCAUUCCAACGGUACCGAGGGAUAAAUCUGGAAAGCCAAUGUUACCACUGAAUGUCGGGAUAAUGACUGUCAUAUCUUUGGGCGAGGUUUGCAUGCGCGAGCAUUUCCACACGGAACGGUAUAUUUUCCCCGUUGGCUACGAAGUCACUCGCCGUUAUUUAUCGACCAUCGACCCGGCACAUGAGGUCGUUUAUCAUUGCACGAUUCUCGAUGGCGGGGAUGGCCCGAAGUUCCAAAUAGUUCCAUCAGAUACGCUAGAUCGUCCUGUCAUUGCUGGAACCGCAACGGGCGCGUGGUCGAGCAUCGUAAAGCAGGCCAACGCCAUACGCAACCGGCAGCAUUCGAACUCUGUGUCUGGUCCAGACUUCUUCGGGCUCGGCCAGAAUACAAUAAAACAUCUGAUCCAGGAGCUCCCGAAUGCGAACCGACUUCGGGACUAUGUAUGGCAAAACUUUGUAGAAGGAGGACCCUUGGGGGGCCGACACGCUGCUGUUAUACCCGCUCUGCCCGAAGAUUAUGAUGCUGCUCACCCUAUAGGCCCAUACUACCCGUCCGUCUAUGAAAAGAUGAAGAGGCAGAAACAAGCCGAUGGAGCAGGCGCAGCGGACGCACCUCGCUCCUACUAUCCUCCCCAUUUAACUGGACAAGCUAGUUCAUCUUCAGAAAACGGCGGAAGCGACAGUGGAGCGCCUUCUCCCCCACCGACAGCUUCAUCCUCUUCGCGGGGCAAGCGAAAAGUGUCCGCAAAGUCUCCGAACCUACAGAAUGAAGCGAACGUUGAUUCCGAUACCAGACAAAUACAGAAUAUACAGAAUAUGUCGUACAUCACGGACCCUGCGCUCCAAGGUUCGACGGCGGUCCCGGCUCCCUUUGCAGCUAUAAUGAACGCAUAUUCCGCUGCUGGCGGCCCAAGCAACGGCAAUAUAGGAUAA